CUCAUCACUCCACACCUCAACUCACAACUCAGCCAGACAGGCUCAGCCAGACAGCCAUGGCCAUUCUGGCUAUUCCCUUGGUCGUCUCCGUUCUCAAGCCCCACCACUCUCUUCACUUCUCCUUCUUCCGUAGCCGAAACUCUAGCCGCCUCUGCAGCCCUUUCACCCGCCUCACUCCUCUUCGCUCCUCCAAAACCACCAUCGCUGCGAUCACCACCUCCGCUAUCCCGCAUAAUUCUUCUACCGACCCUAACACUGACUCAAAUAAGGCUUCGGUUCCUACAUUUCAACAAGCGAUUCAGCGCCUCCAGGAAUAUUGGGCUUCAGUUGGUUGUGCUGUAAUGCAAUGUAGCAACACUGAGGUUGGAGCUGGGACUAUGAAUCCUUUAACAUUCCUGAGGGUUCUUGGUCCAGAACCAUGGAAUGUUGCGUAUGUUGAGCCUAGUAUUCGACCGGAUGAUAGUCGUUUUGGGGAAAAUCCAAAUAGGCUCCAACGCCACACUCAAUUUCAGGUUAUUUUGAAGCCUGAUCCUGGAAAUUCACAAGACCUCUUUCUUCGUAGCUUAUCAGCUUUAGGUAUUAAUAUUAAUGAACAUGAUAUACGUUUUGUGGAGGACAACUGGGAAAGCCCGGUUCUUGGUGCUUGGGGAUUGGGAUGGGAAAUCUGGAUGGACGGAAUGGAGAUCACACAGUUCACCUACUUUCAGCAGGCUGGAAGUCUUCAACUGCUGCCCAUCUCAGUUGAAAUCACUUAUGGUCUAGAGCGUAUCCUCAUGUUGCUUCAGGGAGUUGAUCAUUUCAAGAAAAUUCAAUAUGCUGAUGGAAUUACAUAUGGGGAACUGUUCAUGGAGAAUGAGAAGGAAAUGAGUUCUUAUUAUCUUGAACAUGCCAGUGUCCACCAUAUCCAGAAACACUUUGAUUUUUUUGAGGAAGAAGCCCGCUCCUUGCUUGCUUUGGGCCUUGCAAUCCCUGCGUAUGAUCAGCUUCUGAAGACAUCUCAUGCUUUUAACAUCUUAGAUUCUAGAGGCUUUGUGGGAGUAACAGAGCGUGCACGCUAUUUUGGACGGAUGCGGAGUUUAGCUCGUCAAUGCGCUCAACUUUGGUUAAAGACCAGAGAGUCACUUGGACAUCCACUGGGUACUAUUUCUGAAGCUGAUCAGCUGGUUUGUCCUAAAGAGAUUCUGGAGGCAGCAGUCCAAAGGGUGCAUGAGGAUCCAAGGUUGUUCCUUCUUGAAAUUGGAACGGAGGAGUUGCCACCUCAAGAUGUGGCUAGUGCAAGCCAGCAACUCAAAGAUUUAAUCAUGCAGUUGCUAGAUAAACAAAGAUUGGGCCACAGCGAAGUACAGGCAUUCGGUACGCCACGCAGAUUAGUGGUUUGUGUUAAGAAUCUCUCUACCAAGCAAGCGGAAAAUGAAGUAGAAGUUCGAGGACCUCCAGUUUCUAAGGCAUUUGAUGGUCAAAGAAAUCCUACGAAGGCUGCUGAGGGUUUUUGUCGUAGAUACUGUGUACCUCUGGUCUCCUUAUAUAAAAAAGUUGAUGGGAAAACAGAGUAUGUUUAUGUUCGUGUAAUGGAGUCUGCUCGACUUGCUUUAGAGGUUUUAUCUGAAGAUUUGCCUCGUAUCAUAGCUAAAAUAUCAUUCCCAAAGUCAAUGCGCUGGAAUUCCCAGGUUAUGUUUAGCAGACCUAUCCGUUGGAUUUUAGCCCUCCAUGGAGAUGUAGUUGUGCCAUUUAUGUUUGCUGGAGUUUUAAGUGGAAACCUAUCUUACGGUCUUCGUAAUACUCCUUCAGCUACUGUUAAGGUGGAAAGUGCAGAAUCUUAUGCCACUGUAAUAAGGAAUGCCGGAAUUUCCUUAGAUAUUGAGGAACGCAAGAAAACAAUUUUGGAGCAGUGUAAUGCAUUAGCAAAAGGUGUGAAUGGGCAUAUUCUUCUGCAAGGCAGCUUACUGGAUGAGGUUGUAAAUCUUGUUGAGGCACCUGUUCCAGUUAUUGGGAAGUUUAAGGAGUCCUUCUUAGAGCUUCCGAAAGAUCUUUUAACUAUGGUUAUGCAAAAGCAUCAGAAGUAUUUUGCCAUCACAGAUGACAGCGGAAGACUGUUGCCAUACUUCAUUACUGUGGCGAAUGGAGCAAUCAAUGAGAUGGUAGUGAGGAAAGGAAAUGAAGCUGUACUCAGAGCUCGCUAUGAAGAUGCGAAGUUUUUCUAUGAGAUGGACACUCGUAAAAAGUUCUCAGAAUUUCGAAGUCAACUGGAAGGGAUUCUUUUUCAUGAGAAGCUAGGAACAAUGCUGGAUAAGAUGAUACGUGUUCAAAACAUGGUUGCUGAGCUAAGUUUGGCCCUGGAAGUCAAUGAAGAUAAGCUUCAAAUUAUCCAGGAUGCUGCAUCACUGGCGAUGUCUGAUCUUGCUACAGCUGUUGUUACGGAAUUUACUUCUCUCUCGGGAAUAAUGGCACGCCAUUAUGCUCUUAGAGAUGGCUAUUCAGAGCAGAUUGCAGAGGCCUUGUUUGAGAUAACACUUCCAAGAAAUUCUGGGGAUAUAGUUCCAAAAACUGAUGUGGGAAUUGUCUUGGCAGUUGCUGACAGAUUAGAUAGCCUUGUUGGUUUAUUUGGUGCUGGUUGCCAGCCAAGUUCAACUAAUGACCCAUUUGGGCUGAGAAGAAUCUCUUAUGGUCUUGUACAAGUGUUGGUUGAAAAGGAUAAAAAUUUGGACCUAAGACAUGCAUUGCAACUGGCUGCUGCUGUCCAACCAAUAACAAUAGAAGCCGAUAUAAUAGAUGAUGUACAUCAAUUUGUAACACGGAGAUUAGAGCAAUUUCUGGUUGAUAGGGAAAUAAGUCCAGAGGUGGUUCGUUCUAUCCUGACAGAGCGUGCAAACUGGCCUUGUUUGGCAACAAAGUCAGCAUACAAAAUGGAUGCCAUGUCAAGAGGUGAGCUUCUGCCGAAGGUUGUUGAAGCCUAUUCUCGUCCAACAAGAAUUGUUCGUGGAAAGGAUGUGGAAGCUGAUAUGGAGGUGGAUGAAGCUUCAUUUGAGACAAAUGAGGAGAGAGCUUUGUGGAGGGCUUUCUUAUCAGUUAGAAACAAAAUAUAUCCUGGUAUUGAGGUUGAUGAUUUUUUCGAAGCAUCUUCCCAACUGCUACAGCCUCUUGAGGAUUUCUUUAAUAAUGUCUUUGUUAUGGUGGAAGAAGAAAGAAUUAGAAAGAACAGGCUUGCACUACUCAAGAAAAUUGCAGACCUUCCAAAAGGGAUAGCAGAUCUCUCAGUUUUGCCAGGCUUUUAAGUUUGUCCUACCUCUUAUUCAUUGACAGCAAAUGAUCAUUUUUGUUUUUGAGAGGAAAAAUAAAAUAAAAAUAAAAUAAAAAAAGAUAGGAGGGAAACAAAAGAGAGAACAAUUUGAGAGACUUGUCUCCUAGAAUAAGCUUAUACAAAAUACAUUUUAUUCAUUCAAGUGAGGCUUGUAAAAAUUUUGUAGCAUAUGUUGUCAAGCGUAUAAUUUAUGUGUAAGUUUUUCUUGAAUAAAAUAUGACUUUUUAGUUACUGGCCCCAA